AUGUCAAGCAUCAGGCAGUGGCCGAAAGUGAAAAGCGGUUCGUACAAAUCCAGAAGAGUUGAAUGCGCUGGGUGCUCCGCUGAACAUGCGCAUGGCCCGGCUGGAAGUCUUGAUGACCCUUAUAGAGAUGCUGCACAAGCUUUUCCAGAGGCUAUCCAGGGCACGUGGGCUUGUCACGGCUGCAAGCUAGGUCCCGACGGAGUGAAUGCAGCAGAGCAAGGAAAUCCCACUAAAGUUAUCUGGAAGACAGAGUGGCUCGAGAUCGACAAAUACGGGUACGAGUGGAAAUGCAUAGGAGCAUUUGGAGAGGGGCCACAGGGACUUGUAAACCGCAUGACUAUGACUAUGAAAACAAGGGAGAGGGGCAUUUCGGUCACAUACGAGCGCAGGGUGAUGAUGUUGAGAAAUGAAAUGUCAUGGGAAGGGCAUGGUGUUGAAAAGCGGACUGAGGGAGGCUCGACUGACUUACACCCGGUCAAGACCAACAUUAAGAUUGUGGGGGAAGCUGACGGUGGUUGGGUCUGGAAAAAGGAGGCAGCAUAA